UUUAAUAAAAUACCCAUUUCUAAAUGGGUCCUUCUCUUCUCCGAGUCGCUGAUCUUCGCCGAGACCUCUCUUAGCCGAUGAAGCUUUAACAUCAGCUCAAGCUCAUAACUCGAUUCCAUCGAUUUUUUUAAUUUUAAUUUAUUUUCUUUUUUUCGCUGGAUUGUCUCCUGUUUAUUCCGCUUUCCAGUUUUGGCCAUAUUCAUAAUUUUGGUACCCUGGUCAGACAAUAUGGGUGGCAUUACUUAUGGAACAUGACUGAUUAGGGAUGCAUUAUUCCAAUUGGCAUAUUAUGUUGUUUGUCUAAAUUUUGGAUCUCUGGUUAUUUGUUUUAUGAAGGACAAAUUCAUUAGCCUAUGCAAAGAUGAAUUUACCAGCACACCACCUUUCAGGGCAGAUCUCGGGACAGGCACUGAACCAAGCUGGUACUUCAGUGCCCAAGCUGGCACAGCAAAAUGGAAAUCCUCUACCUGGUCAGAUGCAAAAUCCUAGUAUCCAUCGCGGUGUCCCAUAUAUGGACCCUGAAUUUGCAAAAGCACGCAUAUAUAUGGCAAAAAAGAUCCUUGAAUUUCUCAACCAGAAGCGGCAGCAAUCUCAUGAAGUACCUCCUCAGAAAAUGGUGGAUUUAGCAAGACGCCUCGAAGAAGGUCUAGUUAAGAGUGCCAGUUCAAAGGAGGAGUAUCUGAAUCAGUCAACCUUGGAAAGUCGUUUGCACUUUCUAAUUAAAAGAUCACCUAUGAGUAAUCAAAACCAGCAAUUUUCACAUGCUAAUACUUCUGCUUCCAUUGGAACAAUGAUUCCAACUCCCGGACUGAUGCAAACUGCGAAUUCAAGCCUUAUAGGAACAUCGGCUGUUGAUAAUUCUGUUAUUGCCAACAAUAAUUCUAAUAUUACAUCAUCCGGCGUCAAUUCUGGUGGCUUCAUGUCAACUGGAAAUGGGCCUUCUGGGAGCGUGCAUGGUUGUUCUUUUAGUUCUCCUGAUGGAACAUUAUCUGGUGGAUAUCAACUGCCGUCAUCCAGUUUUUCGAUCAGUUCUGGUGGAAAUAAUAUGCUGACAUCCACGGGUGUACAAAGAAUGGCAAGCCAAAUGAUUCCUACUCCUGGAUUUAAUAGUUCUAGUACUAAUGAUGUGGAUAAUAAUGCUAAUAAUCAGUCUUUUAUGAAUAUGGAAUCCUCUAAUAACGUUGGUGCAUUUCAAACUGGUGAAUCUGCAAUUGUAUCACAGCCCAUGCAGCAAAAGCAGCAUGUUGGUGGUCAAAACAGUCGUAUAUUGCAUAAUAUUGGUGGCCAUUUAGGUGGCGGAAUUAGGUCUACGUUGCAGCAAAAGUCCUAUGGAGUAUCAAAUGGCCCCUUAAAUGGUGGGUUGGGGAUGAUGGGAAACAAUAUGAUGAAUGACACAGGAGCUUCUGAGGGCUAUUUAACUGGAACACUGUAUGGAAAUCCCCCCAAACCCUUGCAACAUCAUUUUGAUCAACAUCAACGAACAGUAAUACAUGGUGAUGGGUAUGGAAUUGGUGGUUCUGAAUCUGCAGGGUCUGGAAACUUGUAUGCUUCACAGAUGGUGAACAAUCAGAGCUUAAAUGCUGUAUCUUUGCAGUCCAUGCCAAAAGCAAACUCUCAUUUGAUGACCAAUCAGUCGAAUGUUCACUCUACUCAACAGGUGACGAGUAUGAAGCCUCAAUUAAUUGACCAAUCAGAAAAGAUGAACUUUCAAUCACAAUACUCAGGGAGAGAGAAUCUUGUAAAUUCCCAUCAACACCAACAAUUUCAUCAGUCAUCUCAUCAAUUCCAGCGCCAUCAACUCCAGCAAAAGCAGCAAAGUCAACAACACCAGCACUUAUUGAAGAAUGACAUUUUUGCCCAGUCUCACUUGUUACCUAAUACUGAUUCUGAAGGGAAGCCUGAUACAGAGCAUCGUGAUGAAGGUCUGCACUUCCAAGUCCCAGGGCCAUUCCAAUUUUCUGAUAUGCAGACUCAAUUACCACAGAACCCUAUGGAAACCCAUUCAAGAGGUGCUCAGUUGCUCUCACAUCCUUCGCUCUCACAGGAUGCCUCUUCAUCACUAACUCAAACUUCAGAUCAGAUGCAACAGUUGAUGCAUCCUGAUCAGUUUGCUGCUAAUCCAGAAAGUGAUUUGAGCGGUAUAGUUCAACCAGAUACAGCACUUCAAGGUCAAUGGUAUCCCAACUCUCAGGAUGGGUCUCAUGUAUUUGGGAGACUCCUGCUUGAUCAAAAUGUUCACGAGGAUUCUCGUCAGGGUAUAACUGGGCAAAAUGUAGCUCAGCAGAACAAUUUAUCUUCAGAAGAAUCCAUUAUUGGUCAAUCUGAUACUACCAAAGCAACAGAACCUCCAAAUGUAAGUGGCACUGUGUGUAGAUCCAAUAACCUUAAUCGUGAGCGACAGUUCAAGAAUCAACAGAGAUGGCUGUUAUUUUUACGCCAUGCUCGUCGAUGUCCAGCUCCAGAAGGGAAAUGUCAAGAUCCCAACUGCUUAACGGCACAAAAUUUGUUGAAACAUAUGGAAAAAUGCAACGCAUUUCAAUGUGCAUAUCCACGUUGCCGCGCCACAAAGGUUUUAAUCAAUCAUCACAGGCGCUGUAAGGAUGCAAGUUGUCCUGUUUGCGUUCCUGUUAAGAAUUUUGUGCAGGCACAAUUAAAAGCAUUUGCUCGUUCUGAUAUCAAUUCCGGCCCACCAAAUCCGGUCAAUGGAUCCUGUAAAUCCUUCGAUACCGCUGAAAUUGCUGGUAGGUUGACUCCGAAGACAAACCCAACAGUAGCUGAAACUCCAGAAGAUUUACAGCCUUCUAUUAAACGCAUGAAGACCGAACCAGCCUCAGGAUCUCUAGUAUCUGAAAGUGAAAGUUCUGUUGUACCAGAUGCUUCCACAAAUGGACCUCAUCCCCUUCCAAAUGUACAUCAAGCUGAACAACACCAUGACUCUUGCAUGCCAACAAAACCUGAAGUAACAGAAGUAAAGAUUGAGGUUCUUACAAGCAUUGGACAAGGCAGUUCGAAGAGUUUUGAGAUGAAAAAUGAUAAGUUGGACAAUUUCUACAACCAAAGGCCUGAUGAUGAUCAAAACACGCAGAAAAAUUCUGAUGGCUUUGAUUUUAAAGAUGGCAUUACAAUUGAGAAGGAAUUAGACCAGGAUAAACAAGUAAAUACAUCAUUACCUGCUGAAACAGUGUCAAAGUCUGGGAAGCCAACUAUAAAAGGAGUCUCGAUGAUGGAGCUGUUCACCCCUGAACAAGUUCGGGAGCACAUUAGAGGUUUGAGACAGUGGGUUGGACAGAGCAAAGCAAAAGCAGAAAAAAAUCAAGCAAUGGAGCGUACAAUGAGUGAGAAUUCUUGCCAGUUGUGUGCAGUUGAGAGGCUUACCUUUGAACCACCACCAAUAUAUUGUACACCUUGUGGUGCCCGUGUUAAAAGAAAUGCAAUGUACUAUACCAUUGGAGCUGGUGAUACUCGUCAAUACUUCUGCAUACGCUGCUAUAACGAGGCCCGUGGAGAUACCAUUGUAGUUGAUGCAACUUCUAUUCCAAAGGCAAGGAUGGAGAAGAAGAAAAAUGACGAGGAAACUGAAGAAUGGUGGGUACAAUGUGAUAAGUGUGAAGCUUGGCAACAUCAAAUAUGUGCAUUAUUUAACGGUAGAAGGAAUGAUGGUGGACAAGCUGACUACACUUGUCCAAAUUGUUACAUAGAGGAAGUUGAAAGAGGAGAACGUAUGCCAUUACCACAGAGUGCUGUUCUUGGGGCAAAAGAUUUGCCUAGAACCAUUUUGAGUGAUCAUAUUGAGCAGCGAUUGUUUAGACGGCUGAAGCUAGAAAGACAGGAAAGAGCAAGGCUUCAAGGAAAAAGUUAUGAUGAGGUUCCAGGAGCAGAAUCACUUGUUGUUAGAGUUGUUUCAUCAGUGGACAAAAAGUUGGAAGUUAAACCGCGGUUUCUUGAAAUUUUUCAAGAGGAAAAUUAUCCAUCAGAGUUCCCAUAUAAAUCUAAGUGUUUUUUAGGGGGAGAGCAGGGAGGUAGAUUGAGAGAGUGGAUAUCUGUUGUAGAAUACUGGAAACAGCCACUACUGUUAAAAAAUGAACUGAGUGUCUCUCUGUGGUUAGAGAGGCAGGUGGUGUUAUUAUUUCAAAAAAUUGAAGGAGUUGAAGUAUGCCUUUUUGGCAUGUAUCUUCAAGAAUUUGGAUCAGAAUGUCUGCAGCCAAAUAACCGCCGAGUCUAUCUUUCGUAUCUAGAUUCUGUCAAGUACUUCAGGCCAGAGGUCAAAGCAGUGACGGGAGAGGCUCUUCGUACAUUUGUGUACCAUGAAAUUUUGAUUGGAUAUUUAGAGUACUGUAAGUUGCGCGGAUUCACAAGCUGCUACAUAUGGGCUUGCCCACCAUUGAAGGGUGAAGACUAUAUUUUAUAUUGCCACCCAGAAAUUCAGAAGACACCAAAAUCUGAUAAACUCAGGGAGUGGUACUUGUCCAUGUUAAGAAAAGCCGCAAAGGAAAAUAUCGUUGUUGAGCUUACUAAUCUAUACGAUCAUUUCUUUGUAUCUAAUGGUGAAUGUAAGGCAAAGGUGACUGCAGCUCGUUUGCCAUACUUUGAUGGAGAUUAUUGGCCGGGUGCUGCAGAGGACAUGAUCUAUCAACUACAACAAGAGGAGGAUGGAAGAAAACAGCAUAAGAAGGAAACCAUUAAAAAGACCAUUACAAAAAGAGCUUUGAAGGCAUCUGGCCAAACUGAUCUCUCUGGGAAUGCAUCAAAGGACCUGAUGUUGAUGCAUAAACUUGGUGAGACAAUUAGUCCAAUGAAAGAGGAUUUUAUCAUGGUUCACUUGCAGCAUGCAUGUACACAUUGCUGUAUUCUCAUGGUGUCCGGAAAUCGUUGGGAUUGCCAACAGUGCAAAAAUUUUCAGCUUUGUGACCAUUGCUAUGAAGCUGAACAAAAACGUGAGGACAGAGAGAGACAUCCUAUCUAUCAAAAGGACAAGCAUGUCCUUUAUCCAGUUGAAAUCACUGAUGUUACGAGUGAUACCAAAGAUAAAGAUGAGAUUCUGGAGAGUGAAUUCUUUGAUACGAGACAGGCAUUUCUCAGCCUUUGUCAAGGAAACCACUAUCAAUAUGAUACCCUUCGCCGUGCUAAGCAUUCCUCAAUGAUGGUUCUUUACCAUCUACACAAUCCCACAGCGCCGGCUUUUGUAAUAACAUGCAAUGUAUGCCACCUUGAUAUAGAUGCUGGUCAAGGUUGGCAUUGUGAGACAUGCCCAGAUUAUGAUGUAUGCAAUGCUUGUUAUCAGAAAGAUGGUGGAAUUGAUCAUCCUCAUAAGUUAACAAAUCAUACAUCCAAUGAUCGUGAUGCACAAAAUAAAGAAGCCAGACAGAUGCGAGUUAUGCAGCUUAGGAAAAUGCUCGAUCUCUUGGUACAUGCUUCUCAGUGUCGUUCCCCACAUUGCCAAUAUCUAAACUGUCGCAAGGUUAAGGGACUUUUCCGCCAUGGUAUGCUGUGCAAAAUACGUGCUUCUGGAGGUUGUGUUCUUUGUAAGAAAAUGUGGUAUCUCCUUCAGCUUCAUGCUCGAGCAUGCAAAGAAUCUGAAUGCACUGUACCACGCUGCAGAGAUUUGAAGGAACACAUGAGACGGCUGCAGCAACAGUCUGAUUCCCGACGAAGGGCUGCUGUAAUGGAAAUGAUGAGGCAGCGUGCUGCAGAGGUUGCUACCAAUUCUUGACGAUGUUCUAGUUGUUUUUUGUUGUUGUAUAUAUACACUAGUCACAACAUUUUGAAGAUGCUAUUUCUAAGCCAGGUAGAUAAUUUAUUAGUUAUAAACUGGGGUGCCUAAUGGGUAGAAAAUUUGACGUCAAACUCCACAGCAAAAUACUUUGCGGGAGUUCCUAUUCAUUCACAAUUCUAAAGAUAAGCUUGAUGGGGAAGUUAUAGAUCAGGGACUGCUGGCUUCUGCAACGACUGACUCUUUAUUUGAAGAACAGAUUUCUAGAAGUGUGAGUUAUGGCAGCAAUUUUUUGAUUUUUAUGUUGUAUUUUAUCUCUUGCUCGCAUUUGAUGGCAAGUGUGUGUACCACAGCUUUUGAGAUUGUUUACAAAUACAUAAUUUUUUUCGAUUUUCCUUUGGCAUUUUUGUUCUCCUUUUGUAACCCUCAAAAUUGUACUUCCUGUAGAUGGAAACUUUAAAUGUUUCUUUUGUGCUAAAUUGUCAUCCUUAGUACUGAUA